CUAAUGAAGUUUGUCAGUUUGCAACACUCUGAGUUUUCACAUUGUGGUAUCAGAGCACAAAGCAAGCUGUAACCACGAUUUGUGCAAGAGAGAGAGAUUGAGAGAAAGCAUUAGAUAAUCUGGGAUCAGGGAAACACGAGAGAUUAUCUGUGAGGUUGUUUACAAGGUAAAUAGGGGAGUGAGAUCUGUUGAUUCUUCAACAGAACGUCAUGGGUGAUAAUGGCAGUGCUGCUCAAGUCUGCAUUCCAAAAUUUGAUGGAGACUAUGAGCAUUGGACCUUGCUCAUGGAAAAUUUGCUUAGGUCUAAGGAGUACUGGACUGUGAUCAGCCCUGGAAUCAGGGAACCGGCUGAAGGAGAAGAACUCACAGUAGUACAACAGAGAACUCUAGACGAGUUGAGACUGAAGGAUCUCAAAGCUAAGAACUACCUAUUCAGUUCUAUUGACAGAACUCUUCUGAAGACUAUUGCAAAGAAGGGAACUGCCAGGGAGCUGUGGGAAUCAAUGAAAGAAAAGUUUCAAGGGAGUGCUCGAGUUCAGAAGGCUCAACUUCAGGUACUCAGAAGGAAUUUUGAAUUGCUAGAAAUGAAAGAAGGAGAAACUAUCUCUGAGUACUUUGGUAGAGUCAUGGUGAUAGCUAAUACUAUGAGGAACUGUGGGGAGGACAUGUCAUAUGGAAAGGUAGUUGAAAAAAUACUAAGAACCUUAACUGAAAGGUUUAACUACGUGGUUUGUUCCAUUGAGGAAUCCAAAGAUAUUGACUCCCUAACAGUUGAUGCACUUCAAAGUUCUCUUCUGGUGCAUGAGCAAAAGUUUAGCAGGAAGGUUACAAAGAUGGUGACUGAGGAUGAUCAAGCUCUCAGGGCUUCCUAUGACUAUGGAAGAGGAGGAAGAGGUCUAGGAAGGGGGUAUGGACCAGGACGAGGAAGAGGUAGAGGCUGGAACAAAGAAGCUGUGGAGUGCUUCAAGUGCCACAAGUUAGGGCAUUACAAAUAUGAAUGUCCUGACUGGUAUAAUGAUCAGCAUGCACAUUAUGUUAGUUCCAGUCAAGUGCAAACAAGGGCUCAGGGAGACAUGAAAGAUGAUGUACUCCUCAUGGCGUGUGUUGACUCUGAAGGUUCAAUAGAACUGGAGGAGGAAGCUCAAGGAUUUAUGGCACUGCUUGAAGAUAUAAAGCAAGAUAGUCAUGAGGACUGGUGGUUCCUAGAUUAAGGAUGCAGUAACCAUAUGACAGGAGACAAGAAGUGGUUUACUGAAUUGACAACCAGCCCUACAGGUACUGUUAGGCUUGGUAAUAACAACAAGUUGGAUGUUGCAGCAAAGGGCAGUGUGAAGAUUGAAGCUGCAAACAUGAACAUGAUGAUAAGUGAUGUGUUCUAUGUUCCUAGACUUAAGACAAAUCUGUUGAGCAUUGGUCAACUGUAAGAGAAAGGCCUGGCUUUCUUAUUUAAGGAUGCAAGUUGCAAGAUCUUCCAUGAAGAAAAGGGUCUACUGCUGCAGACUGAAAUGAAAUCAAAUAUGAUGUUUGUCAUACAUCCUGAAGACAAACCAAAGAGCCAAGAAGUUCAGUGUUUUCAAAUUUCUAACAGUAAAGAGAAAGAACUGGAAUUAUGGCAUAGGAGAUUUGGUCAUCUGAAUUCAGUGAGUCUCAAGCAACUACAGCUGAAAGGUUUUGUCAAGGACUUGCCUGCACUGAAGGAGGAUCUGGAGGUUUGUGCUACUUGUCUCAUUGGCAAGCAACACAGGAAACCAUUUCCCAAGAAGAGUCCUUAGAGAGCAAGUCAGAGGUUGGAAUUGAUCCAUUCUGAUCUUUGUGGACCUCUUACACCAGUCUCAAAUGGUGAGAAAAGGUAUAUCCUCACCUUGACUAAUGACUUUAGCAGAAAGUUGUGGGUUUACUUUCUUGUUGCUAAGUCAGAAACCCUUGAGUACUUUAAGAAGUACAAAGCACAGGUUGAACAAGAAACUGGUUCACAGAUCAAGUGUUUGAGAACUGACAGAGGAGGAGAGUUCAUGCUUAAUGAAUUCAAAGAGUUAAGUGAUGAAGCUGGAAUUAAAAGACAACUGACAG